AUGAACGAAGCACUCGGGCUGGACGAACUCUCCGAAACUUCCAAAUGCUACCUCCAGGUCUUAGCUGAGGCAUAUGACAAAGCCCAUGGGUGGGACACAAGACGGCAAAUUCUUUCGAUGAUGAGUGGUGUUUCCAAUUAUAAUGAUAUCUCGAGAUUCAUACCUGGCUUAAGUAGAUAUCGUUUUACCAUAGCUAAUCUGCAUUGUCUUCAGCACGGAAGCGGCGCUUCAGUGACCCCCCAGCCUUCAUCAAAGAUAAGAGUCGACCCAAGACAACUGGAUCACUUUUUAUCUUAUAUAACAAGCCCCCAUUUGGUGCAAGAUCUGCCAUUUAGACAAAAAACACUGAAGCUCUCCUCUGGACAACUGGUUGAAGUACCCAAUGUUAUUCGCACUAUGAUACCGCAAAGGAUAGUGCGUCAGUAUACCCAGUACUGCAAAGAGACUGGAUUUGAGGCGUUCAGCGAGCGGACGAUGCUGCGUGUUCUAAAUGAAUGCAAGGCCUCGACCAGAAAGUCUCUCCAAGGCCUUGACUAUUUUGCAGCAGACGGGGCGCGUGCGUUCGAUGAACUAGAAGGCUUGGUUCUUCAAUCGGGGGAGCUUGGUCGUGGAAAGGAGUGGCAAGUGCGAUACGUGAAAUCAUUAAAGGUCGCCAAAUUCUACCUGAAGGGUGAUUUCAAGGUAAGCAACCGAAAGUGUCAAGAGUUCCAAGAAAAUUGGAUUAUGUUUUUCAAGCAGGGUUAUCUUAUUUCACAAAUGGAUGGAAGCAUGGCACGAAAAAAACCGUUCCGAUGACAGGUCCACCCUGACUGGGAAAUAUACGUCACUCAGGUUCACGUGAGCGCUUCUUCUCCCGUUGUAAGUCAUUGCAGUGUAUUUGCUCUGAGUGACACCGAAGAUUCUGACCUGCGGCAGCAAUGCAAACACAACCAUGAUGAGCUCUGUGACCAAUGUGAAAGCUUGCAUUCGACCCUGAACGACAUAUCUACUGCGGUCGAUGAAGCAUCUUUUACCACAGAAGAAGACAAAGACGAAGCUUUGUUUCUCGUUAGCUCUGCUACGCUUGCCAUCAAGUCAUGGAAGUGCCAUUUGCUGAGGUCGACCCAUCAAGAUCAGGCUCGUUUGGACGUCAUCGAUGCCCUUAAUUCUGGAACAGUAUUCCUCGUAAAUGACUGGGCCAUGAAGUUCUUGCCUCAGAGAUACCGCGAGUCACAGACAGACUGGUUUGGUAAGCGGGGUAUUUCUUGGCACAUAUCUGUGGUAUACAGACGAAUGGAGGGUGUGCUACAGUGGCAAGCCUUUAUCCAUGUGAUUCAAUCCUGUACCCAAGGAAGUUCUGCUGUUACCGCGAUUAUGCAACAUGUUCUAGCCACAUUGAAGCAAGAGUAUCCUGAAAUCAACAAGGCCUACUUCAGGCAAGAUAACGCCGGCUGCUACCACUCCUCCCGCACGUUAACGAAGUGCCAAGAAAUUUCAGCGAACACCGGAGUGAAGAUAGUCCGCGUUGAUUUCAGCGACCCGCAAGGCGGGAAAGGGGCUGCAGAUCGACUAGCUGCGAGCUGUAAAAGCCACAUUAGGGCAUUUAUUAAUGAAGGCCAUGAUGUCUGCACCGCCAGCGACCUGAAGGAAGCUCUGCUAUCCCAUGGCGGUUUGGAAGGUGUACGAGUGGUUUCUCUGGAUACCAUCGAAGAAACGCCAGACGAUGUGCAAACCAUUACAGGAAUCACCAAGUUGAACAACUUUGAGUUUAGUUCAGUGGGCUCUAUUUCCUGUUGGCGUGCAUAUUCCGUCGGCCAAGGGAAAGUGAUCAAAAUUGAAAAAUCCUCUUCUGGUGAGUUAAUGGUUCUUGAAUGAGCCCAGGCCUUUCUGCUAGUUUAUGACAGUCUGUUCUGUAAGGUUUCUAUUAAUAAGGGAAACAUUUUAUCCGCAAUGCAUCAUAAAAGACUUUCCAUAAGAGAUUAAAUGUUUACAAAACGCUGCUCAAACAAAAAAAAAACACAAGAAAAAGGGGUGAGUAUUUUAAAUCCCUCUUACACGGUAUUCUGUCGUGGGCUGCCUUUGAGGGCUACGCGUUGAUGCAAGAUAAUUAUUUCUUAGCUGUGUGGCUGUCAUAUUUAUAUUUCUCUUAUAUCUUUUGAAGGUCCUGGACAAGGGAUUCUGCAGCCAUCAUUUUCUGCAGGAGAUUUCCGUUCCUAUAAAAGUACCCCCCACAAAUCGUCAGGGGAAGAAAAUGUGUCUGAAGAGACAGCUUCCAUAGAACGUGGUCAGGCAGCAGGGGUGUAUUCAUGUCCUCAAGACGGCUGCACUCGUGUUUUUCAAAGGCUUUCAGCCUUAGAAAAGCACUUGUCACUUGAAAAAAUGUACCAGGGUACCAGAAAAAAAUUCUUUAAUGGACUUGGCAAAAAUUGGCUACAAAUCGUAUUUGGUGGAAGGUGUGGGAAAGCUGCCAUCGCUUCAAGCCCCUGUACGACAGGAAGAUUCUCGUGUUUCUCUGAAAGAAGGAUGGGCUCUUAG